AUGUAGGAAGAUAACAGCAGAACGCCACAACCAACAUGGCUACGAAGGGCGUUCGCCAUGCAGUGACGUCAUCGGUGUGCGCCAGCCCGAAUACUGCCAAACAGGCCACGGACGGGGUUCUCCACGUGAGAGGAGCUGGGACGAGUACUUGAGAUACUGACGUAGUGAAUACAUCAUCACUGAUUUCAAUUUUCGACAAUGGGUAAAAAAGGAAAAGUUGGAAAGAGUCGGAAGGAUAAAUUCUAUCAUCUAGCAAAAGAGACAGGGUACCGGUCCCGUUCGGCUUUUAAGCUCAUUCAACUUAACAGAAAAUUUCAGUUCCUGCAGAGAGCUCGUGCACUUGUUGAUCUCUGUGCUGCCCCAGGAGGCUGGCUCCAGGUUUCCUCAAAGUUUAUGCCGGUUUCCAGUCUUAUAAUUGGGAUUGAUCUGGUGCCUAUUAAACCAAUUCCCAAUGUUGUGACCUUACAGGAGGAUAUAACCAGUGAUUCCUGUAGACAGGCAUUGAAGAAGCAGCUGCAGACAUGGAAAGCAGAUGUGGUACUGAAUGACGGAGCACCAAAUGUGGGUGCCAACUGGGCACAUGAUGCAUUCUCACAAGUGAGCCUGUCUCUUAUGGCGCUCCGGCUGGCCUGCGACUGUCUCUCAAGAGGAGGUUGGUUCAUUACAAAGAUAUUCCGCUCCGCUGAUUAUCAAUCCCUACUUUGGAUCCUGAAGAAUUUCUUUAAGAAGGUGAACUCCACAAAGCCCCAGGCAUCUCGUAGCGAGAGUGCUGAGAUCUUUGUCGUGUGUCAAGGAUAUUUGGCUCCUGAUAAAAUAGACAGUCGGUUCUUCGACCCUAAAUUUGCUUUCAAGAAUGUAGAAAGUCCUGUGCAAACAGUAUCACAGCUAAUAUCUCAUAAGAAGCCCAAGGCUGAAGGAUAUACGGAGGGUUCUCUUUAUCAGCGAGCGUCGGCUGUUGAGUUCAUAAAAGCUCCAAAUCCUGUGGACUUUCUUUCUAAGAUCAGUGAGAUUGUCAUAGAUAAUCCGGAUUUUGAGAAACAUCCAGCCACCACUACUGAUCUCAGAGAAUGCUGCAAAGACAUCAAAGUGUUGGGACGUAAGGAGCUGAGGUCGCUCUUGAGCUGGAGAUCCAAACUACGCAGACAUAUCGCAAGGAAAUUGAAAGAAGAAUCCAAAGAUACAGUAGUAGAGAUAAACCUCAGCUCUGAUGAAGAGAAGGAGGACUCUGAGGCGGAAGAAUAUGCAGAGGAAGAUGAGAAUGAGAUACUGGACAGAAAGCUGACAGAAGUGAAGGCUGAAGAGCUGGCUGCACUCAAAAGGAAGAAGAAGCAGUUGCUGAAAGUUCAGCGUCGUCAGAGGUUAAGGAUGGAACUAAAGAUGGAUCUUCCAGGGGUUUCCAUUGCUGAUGACGGAGACACUGGCAUGUUUUCCUUAAAAACAAUUGGCAAAAAUGAGCUAUUACAGACACUGGUCCAUGGGGACAUGUCCGUUGCAGACGCCCUUGUAUCUGACCAUCCGCAUAGCGAUGGAGAUAUCUUCCUCUCCGAUAACGAGAGCAUGGAAGACGAUGAAAUAUCGCUCGCCAGUGACCUGGAUGAGGAGGACAUGUAUGAACUGAGAGAACAGGAAAAGAAGUUGCAGCGUAAAAGGGAUCCAGUAUCUGUUCCGAGCGCACCCACUGAUGAGGAGGUGUCCAACCCUCUGCUAUUAACCCUGGAAGAAAAAUCAGAGCGUGAACAAAUAGAUAAGAAUCUGUGGUUUGGAAAGGGCAUCUUCUCCUCUGUGCUGCAUUCUGAUGCAGAUGAGGAGAUGGAAAUUAAGCAGACCAAGAUUUUACAGGAGACCAAAAUAGGGAAAAAGCCAAAGGGGAAGAACAAGAAAAAUGAGAAAACCAUCCAAUCAGCCCAAAACACUGAAGAAACUAUUUCAGAGACGAGCCCCAAACAAGCAUCUGGUCGUCCUACAGGCUCUGAUGCGUCUAACCGGCCUCCCACCAUCGUAGACUCCAGUGACUCUGACAGCAGUGAGGAUGAGACGGAUAUUAAAUCGAUGAAGAGAAAGCUAGGAAAAAAAACGGACGAGGAGAAAGACGAAUUUGAAGUGGUUCCAGUAGAACGGGCAGUUAAGCGAUCUCGUGUUUUGGACCCAGAAGGUCUUUGUCUUGGAACAGUCAUUGCCACAUCUAAGAAAGCUACUCGGGAACUGAUAGACAAGUCUUUUAACAAGCGUUCCUUCAAUGAAAAUGAAGAUGAGCUCCCAGAUUGGUUUGCUUUAGAGGAACGGAAACAUAGGAUUGUUCAGAUUCCUGUAGACCGCCAAAUGAUGGAUGAAUAUCGCAAGAGGCAGCAGGAGCUCAAUGCUCGACCAAUCAAGAAAGUGGCGGAAGCAAAGGCCCGAAAACGGAGAAGGAUGUUAAAAAAGAUGGAACAAGCCAAGAAAAAAGCAGAAGCUGUAGUCAACACCAUUGAUAUCUCAGAGAGAGAAAAAAACGCUCAGCUGCGGGGUAUAUAUAAGAAAGCCGGCCUGGGGAAAGAGAAGCGCCAAGUUACGAUUGUGGUAGCCAAAAAAGGCGCUGGGCGUAAAGUUCGUCGCCCAGCUGGAGUCAAAGGCCAGUUCAAGGUUGUGGAUGGGAGGAUGAAGAAGGACAUCAGAGGACAACGCAGGAAAAAGUAGUCACAUAUAGAAGCCAGAGUUGCAUAAACAUGUACCUAAUGUACAGAUACCAAAUCCAUUUUUAUAUCAAAUUCUAUCAGAUCCCCGCAGCAGCUGCAUCUGCUGCUGUACUUUUGUCUCUGCAUAAAGAGGAUCUUUCCAGCAUCUCAGAGUACUUUGGUUUGUAUCACUCAGUUUUUCAAUGGAGAGUGCCGAGUUUGACUGUUUCAGUUUCUUACAGUAGUAAUGAAUUUUAAGAAUAAAUAAAUGUGAAAAUAUA